AUGGCUGGUAGAAUCGGGCCUGAGAAGCCUCUUCCACAUACCGAUGAAUUCGCCAGCACAGAAGAUUAUGUGGACUCUCUCUUGGACUUCGUGGGAUCAGAUGAGACCCUCAGGACACUAUGCGGCGGUGUACAUAUUCUAGACUUCUUCACCAGUGAGCCAUCAUUGUAUGAGCGGAUAUUGCCUCAGGAAUGGCGAGAUUUCUUCGCCCAGCAGGAUCCCAUGCGGAUAGUGGAUCUACUGCUCAGAGAUGACUUGUCUACGUCUGCCGAAAACCGCGAAAAGGAGAGCGUACACUGGCCUCCUCCAAGUCUCUUGGCCUAUAUACGAAGAGUCAGGAAGCACUUGCUGCUUCGAGAACCAGGUGGGUCGCAGUGCUCGCGUAACAGGCAGGUGAAGAAAGUCCAAAAGCUGGCACGGAAUGUGGCUGUGGGCAUGAAUGUCAAGAAAGUUCAUGAGGUUGGCCUCUUUUCUUCAUACCUCGACCAUCUUGCCUGGUCUAUCAGUGACCUUACUGACGAGCCUAUAUCACAUCUUGUGGAUUUUGGAUCUGGACAAAACUAUCUGGGUCGUGCUUUGGCCAGUGAGCCGUAUAACAGGAACAUCGUGGCCAUUGAGAGCAAACAAGCCAAUGCUGAAAGAGCAAAGGAGUUUGACAUUAUGGCAAAACUGGCAGUCAAGCAAAAACUCAUGCGGGAUAAGAAGGCGUUUAGGAAUGGCUUUGAUCCCGUGUCUGCCGUUCCCACUCCUGUCGUACCCGCAGACUUACCUACUCCUCCACCUGAACAUAACUCCGGUCUUAUUACACGUGCUCCCGAAGUCGAGCUAGCAGCAUCGGGAAAGGGCAAAAUUCAGUACGUUGACCACCGCAUCAAGGACGGCGAUCUCAAGGACGUAAUUGAGCGCAUACCAGAAACGUCUACUCCCAAGAAUGUCAUGGUCAUGUCUCUCCACUCCUGUGGAAAUCUUGUUCACCAUGGUCUUCGCUCCCUCAUACUCAACUCUGAAGUCCGCUGCGUAGCAAUGGUGGGCUGCUGCUACAACCUUGUCACAGAACGUCUGGGUCCUGCCACCUACAAAUUGCCUGAGCUCCGCCCAACUACACAUGACCAUCCGCGUCUGGAAAAGACAGGAGAAGCCAACGAUCCACAUGGUUUUCCUAUGUCUUCCCGCUUCUGCGAUUAUCAAGACAGUACUGUCAGCUCUCCCACAAAUAAUGACAGAGGUGUACGACUGAACAUCACCUCCCGAAUGAUGGCCGUCCAGGCUCCCUCCAAUUGGGGACCGGCCGACAGCGACAACUUUUUCACACGACACUUCUACCGCGCUCUCCUGCAACGUAUUCUGCUCGACUACGGUGUCGUUGGGCCUCCAAGUCCACAAUGUGUGGGAGGCUCCUCACCUGCCGGCCACAGUAGUGGAGGUACACCUAUCGUCAUCGGUAGUCUUCGCAAGAGCUGCUACGAGAACUUCACUACAUAUGUUCGAGGCGCACUAGAGAAGUUGGAAGCAAGCUCUGAAAGUGGUGCGCUCUUUCGAGAGAAACUGGGUGGCAUCACGGACGAGGCUAUAGGGAGGUAUGCGGAAGAGUGGAAGGAAGGAAAGAAGAAUCUCAGUGUGAUUUGGAGCUUGAUGGCCUUUUCUGCUGGUGUCAUUGAAGCCGCGAUUGUGGUCGAUCGAUGGCUUUGGUUGAAGGAGCAGGAAGAAGUCAUUGAGGAGGCCUGGGUCGAGCCUGUUUUUGAGUACAAAUUCAGCCCACGGAAUCUGGUGAUUGUUGGUGUGAGGAAGAGUAAGAAGUGA